ACAAGGGAAUCACAUGACCGCAGUGAGUGCCGAAUGACGUCAACGCGGCACCUGAGUCAGUACGCUUGCGCAGAUUAACCAGGAAGAGCAGUGGUAUUUUGAAACAACACAAUAAGUACUUCAGAUAUGUCUUGGAGAAAAAGAAAAUAACGACAGGUUUGACUACAUCCAGUUCCGGUACUAGCCAUGGUCUACCAUUCCUGCCCCAGGCUGUGCUCCCGCUCGUCAGCCUACACUCUGGCUCUUGGCCUGGGUUUCAUAAUCUUGGGGACCAGUCGCAUCCUGCUGCUCAAAUUCUCAGCCAAUGCUGAGAACAAGUAUGACUUCCUCCCUGCAUCUGUCAAUCUACUUGCUGAGGCGCUCAAACUGUUCUUCUGUCUGGUUAUGUCAGUUAGGGUCAUCGUCCGAGAGAGGCAAUCAUGCAGAGAGCUGGGCUUUUCUUCCAGUGCCUCCUUCUUCAGUUCCCUAAAGUGGGCUGUCCCAGGUUUCCUCUACUUCCUUGACAAUCUCAUCAUCUUCUAUGUGAUGACUUACCUGCAACCUGCUAUGGCAGUGUUGUUCUCCAACUUUGUCAUCCUGACCACAGCUGUACUCUUCCGAAUUGUUUUGAAGAGACGCCUCUCCUGGGUUCAAUGGGCAGCAUUAGUUGUCCUCUUCCUGUCCAUUGUUUCUUUGACGUCGGGAUCAGGGGGCAGCCAAAAUGCCAUACCUAUGCCAGGUCACCAUUCAAACCCAUUCUCCACCCCCUCCAACUCUUGCCUACUCUACACACAGCUGCUGCACCAGAUGAGGAACAGCAGUGCCAGUGAAUCGUGGGUAUCAUCGCUGCCUGGGCAGGCCUGGAGGGACAGGGUUAUGGAAAAGCUUCGAUCUCUAGGUGUGGGUCACAUACUUCUCCUUUUACAGUGCUUCAUCUCCGCCAUGGCCAACAUCUACAAUGAAAAGAUCCUCAAGGAUGGAGACCAACUAACUGAGAGCAUCUUCAUCCAGAACAGUAAAUUGUAUGCCUUUGGUGUGGUUUUUAAUGGGCUCACCCUUGGGCUUGGCAGUGAAGCUCGAGGCCUCACCAUGCACUGUGGCCUACUCCAUGGACAUAACAUCUACUCCAUGGGCUUGGUGCUGGUCACUGCUGCCCUGGGUUUAUCUGUGGCCUUCAUCUUGAAAUUCAGAGACAACAUGUUCCAUGUGCUGACAGGCCAGAUCACCACUGUUCUGGUUACCGCCCUCUCCCUGUUCCUCUUUGACUUUCGUCCUUCGCUGGACUUCUUUCUCCAGGCUCCCAUGGUCCUGCUGGCCAUCUUUAUCUACAACGCCAGCCGACCCAAAGACCUGGAAUACAGCCUGCAGCAGGAAAAACUGCGGGUCAUUAAUGGAGAGGUGUUUGAGAGGUCCAGAGGGGACGGUGAGGAGCUGGAACUCCUGACCAAGCCCAGUACAGACAGUGAAUCUGAGGAGGAGUCUUUGUAGUCUUACAGGACAGAAGAUAUUUUUCUUCGCUGCUACUGGUUUUCAGCUGCACCAGAGACUUGUAGGUCUGCACGCAGCAUGGUUGCAGAUUUUGUCAAAUUAUUUACUUGAAUGACUGUCAGCAGUGAAUGACGUUGCUGAUGGACUGAGUGAUAACAACAGUUAGGCUGUUGUGUAUAUUUUGAAAUGUGCCUGUUUGUAUGAGUGCUGUCAGUUGAUAUGGUGUGGAAGUAAUAUAUCAGUGUAUGUGCUGGGAAAUAAGUUUCCCUUCAUUCAUUAAGGUUUUCUCUUCUGAAUAAUUGAGUUUCUCCAAUGAUUUCUGCUAUAUGUGCUACUAUGUUAUGCUCAGCUAUGUGACUGCUUGCAGGAGAUAAGGUAAUGUCCAGAAGCCAUCUUGCCAUCUUUUAUGGUAAAAAGGGUCACCCCUUUUUAAAUUGUUGCUGGUGCUGUAAAUAUGUGAUAUUUAUCCAACCUGGUCAGAAUAUAAACUGCAACAACUGUGCAACAACUGUUACUUAAAAAGUUACCUUGUAAUUACAAGUUAUACAUUGCCAGAAAUUUACACACACAACAGGUCUCCUGCGCACACACUGGAUUUUCUUAUACAUAAACCAGAAUGAUGAGCUUUGGCAUAGUAGAGCAGUCAUAAUGCCUGAAUUUCUGAAAGCACAACAAAGUGACUCUUAAUUCCGUUACUUGGCCUUUUUUGUGUAGAUGUAUUGCAACUGUCAGAUACUAUGAAAUAAAUUUUUUUAAAUAUU